AUGUCCACCACUUCCUCCUCGCAACCUCUCGCCUUUCCUCCCGUCGCAGUCUCUUCAACCCAUCCCCAGCAGAGUCUCCGCCUGCUUGAGCUGCCAGCCGAACUGCUCGACGUGGUCGAGGCGCAGAUAAAGAACCCGAGUAAGAGGAGGAAACUGUGGUUUAAAUCUUCGAGGGAUAUUGGAGGUUCCGGUCCGACCCAGGGCCAGCGACUCCCUGGGGGAUCCAACAGAGGCAUCAAUUCUCAGGCUGCUGCGGCGGCGGCGGGGGAGGGGAAGGAAGGGUUUCUGCACCUCUGCACCGACGACAAGAUCUGGGCUGUCAAGCAGGUCAGCACGAGUAAUAGCGUCUAUGUUACCCAGACGUGUCCACCACAGAAGCAGGGCGGCGGGGGUGGAGACAACGACAAGGAUGGGACUGGAGAUACCCCGAUGGCUGGGGCGGAAGAGCAAGCGAAUGUAGUUAGGUUGGCUAUGGCUGUGGCUGCCGGUAGCAGAGGUGGGAUCACGACGAAGGCACAAGUGAAGAAUGUUCUCGAGUUAAUCGAGGUGAAAGCGGAUGAACGAGAGAUUGAGCGAAGGGUUUAUGAUAUGGUUCCUGUAUAUCAUGACGUGGAGGAUGAUAACAGCCCUCUUGAUCAAGGCCAUCAAGGCGGGAUGACUCGACACGAAGCGGUAUCAACGAGGGACGUUGUCGACAACAUUGCCGCACCGACGAGGCUGAUACGGGAUGUGAUGAGGAAGUCAUUCAUCUUCGGGCUACCCCAGCCGACGACGCGAAAGGGCGAGAGACACGAUGAGGAUAUGGUAUAUUUACCCACUCCGGCCCUGCUGCUCCGGCAUUGGAAGGAUUUCCUGCAGCAGUGCAACAUCUCAGGGAUCCACCUCGAGAAGAACGACAACGUUCUGUCUGGAAAGGACCUCCGGGCCGUGCUCGACGGACUGGCUGAAGCUGAAGAGACGGAAGCGGCACGCUCGUUGGCUCUGAACGUCACAAUGGCCAUCUUGCGCCGAUUUACAGAUGGGAUGGAAGACGCUGAUGUUCCCAUGCUGCUCAAUCUAGGCCUGAGCCUAUACUCGCCAGAUCACGACCGACUACUCAGCGAUGCAAGACUGAAAUUCAACCCCAGCCUCACCCGGGAAAUGGUCGGCCGCUGGCUCCUCGCGUGCCACGCCCGGCGAAAGUCAUCAUCACUCUCAAACACCUCGUCCGACAUAUCGAGUCACGGUGCGGGGAGAACCAUGCGCGUCGACGAAUUCCUGACAGAGUGGACACAACUCCUUCCCGACUCCUGGGCCGCCGAAUGCGAUCUCACCAGCCUGAUCUCAUCCGUCGAUGGCGCCGACACGGCCACAGAUGGCCAAGGUGUACAAGUCCUGAGAUUCGAGGCAGCUGGCUCUCUCCCCCAUCCUCUGGCGACUUCUUCCGCUGCUGCCGUGGGUAGUACUACCCUCGCAAAGGAUGCGCAGAACCAGAACCAGAACCAGAAAAAGCGGAAAUGGCACGAGAAGUUCGGCGCGCAGAGGUCUAUUCCGGCCGUGAAGAGGUGA